AAGCGUAAAUGUUCAUUUUUCAGUCUACCCACAAGGAGAGAAGCCCAAGCUAAUCAAGUGAUCUACGAAGAAUAAUCUCAGCCAUUCCAAGCGCAAAAAUUUAAGCCUUGCCUGUGGUUAUAACAGGAAUGCAACCCGGGUGACCCAGAAAUUAUACUAGCGUGGCAAGAGGAAUCACAGAAGCCCUCCAAACGGUGCUUACUAGUCUCACUUCUGUAUAGAUUGCUUUUAUCUGUCUGAUAGUAUGGCUACUGUGGUGCUUGAGUCAAGCAAGAAUCUUGAUUGUGGCCACGACCACAUGAAGGGCGUAAAAGAUCUGAUGGAUGCAGGUGUUAUGGAUUCAGUGCCUGCUAAGUAUGUCUUUCCUCAGGACAGACGCCCAUCAGCCGCUGAAAUCUUACAAGGAGAGAGUGUACCGAUUAUUGACAUCUCAUCCCUUGAUGGAUCCCAACAGGAACGACUUCAAACAAUCCAGUCUAUUGGAGAGGCUUGUGCGGAGUGGGGAAUAUUCCGGGUAAUUAAUCAUGGAAUUGAGGCAUCUCUGAUAGCCAGUAUGUUAGAUGUAGCCCAUCAAUUCUUCUUGCUCUCCACCGAAGAGAAGAUGAAGUAUGGAAGCAGGGAAGUUUUGGAUCCAGUAAAAUAUGGAACCAGUUUUGACCCCAAAGACCAAGUUUUCAGUUGGAGAGAUUAUUUAAGGCAUUUUUGCCAUCCUGUACUGCAGACUCCAGAUAAUCCCCCAAAUUAUAGAGAUACUGCUGGACAAUACUUCAAGGAAACCAGAAAAUUGGGGUUAAAAUUGAUGGUAGCGAUAUCUGAAAGCUUGGGAUUGCAGCCAACUUACAUAGAAACUGUGUUCGGGGAGGGCCUCCAUGCUGGCGUACUAAACUUUUACCCUAGGUGCCCAGAACCAGAGCUUACAUUGGGCUUUGCACCGCAUUCUGAUCCUGGUGGCCUUGCCAUACUGUUACAAGAUGAGGUGGGAGGUCUGCAAGUGCACCAUAAGGGUCAUUGGGUGGCAGUGCAACCAGUUCCAAACACCUUCGUUGUCCACGUUUGCGACCAAUUGGAGAUUGUGAGCAAUGGGAGAUACAAAAGUGCGGAACACAGAGCAUUGGUGAAUGCAGAGCGAACAAGAAUAUCAAUUGCGGCAGCUGAGGGGCCUGCUUUGGAUGCUUUGAUAUUUCCUGCUCCACAACUAGUUGAUGAAAUUCACCCACCCAUGUACAAGUCCAUGCUGUAUAGAGAGUUUCAUAAGGUCCGCCAUAGCAUACAGCUUAAAGGUAAAAAUGCCCUAGAACAGCUAAAGAUAACAAAACAGGAAUAA